CCAACCUCAGCCUCCUCCACUAUCCAUCCUAUUUUGCACUUAUCUCCAUUUUGUCCACACCUCCCCUCCUGGCUCUUGGUCCUAUCAAUAUUUCAACCUCCCACCGGACCAGGCAUCACCAUGUCUUCUCCAGCAGCAAACCGUCGCAGAGGUCGCUUGACCAGGGAUUCGACCAUAUCUUCUCCUGCCCGCUCAAGUCGCUCCACCAGAUCCCAACAACACCUUCAAACCAGCAGUCCACCCCCCAGAGAUGAUCAGUCGCAGAUUACCCCCCGUGCUUCCAGACGGUUACGGGGUGAAGGUCCCGUCCCAUCGUCGUCGCCGAUGUUCUUCCAGUCGUCUCCAAUGAAAGCGAAUAGCAGCGCAGAGAGCCCAGACCUCAGAAUGGAAGAACCUAGCUCGCCUGUCAGGGCAUCUUCGACAAUGGAAGACGUCGAAACUACCCCUCGAGGAAAUGCCGCUGUCAUCAGAGAUUCAUCUCCCAUUCGCUACGUCUCCAGCUCCAGUCCGACUCGUUCUCUCGGUCGCCGGGCGGAGCGGUCAGACAUCCCCAGCAGCAGUAGCGGUCUUUUCGUGUCGACUCGAUCGGUCACAGAUGGUAACCGUGGAGUCUCUCGACGCAAUGACCUUCAUUCAGGUGGCUUCGGAUCAACCCCGAGUCGUCGCCGCAGAAUCUUCGUCGACGCCAACGGCGUGCCCACCGCCGAUGCUGAGCCGCGCUCCGAUGCAACCUUCUCCAAUAUUCAUCCAGACACAUCCGAAGCCGAGGCUCUCGGUGGCAGCUCGACCCGUGUGAUUUGGGGUACCAACAUCUCAAUUCAAGAUUCGAUGUCCGCCUUCAAGAACUUUCUGUAUAAUUUCGCUGCCAAAUAUCGACUAUGGGCAGAAGGCGCUUCUGAAGAAAUAACCCGGACGAUGGGCAAGGCUGCAGAAGAGAGAGAAUAUAUUACCAUGCUCAACACGAUGCGUCAGCUCGGUGUCACUAAUCUCAAUUUGGACGCAAAGAAUCUCAAGGCGUAUCCCUCGACCCUCAAGCUAUGGCACCAAUUGCACGCAUAUCCGCAGGAGAUCAUUCCUUUAAUGGAUCAGACCGUCAAGGAUGUUAUGGUGGAACUUGCAGGCAAGGAGAUGCAGCGUCAGCGAAGCCACAACCGACACCACCAGAGUCAGUCAAGGGAUCUGAGCUCCGCACCUGCGGUUCCCAGCUCCGAUGCGCUUAUGAGUGAUGCCGGUCGCACGCCACAGGCUGAAAUCCAGGACCUUGUCCAGGAAGUUGAAUCAAAUUCCUAUAAGGUCAUGCCUUUCGGGCUUGACUCUGCAGUUAACAUGAGAGAUCUGGACCCUGCUGACAUGGAUAAAUUGGUCAGCAUCAAAGGUCUAGUCAUUAGAACCACCCCCAUCAUUCCUGACAUGAAAGAGGCUUUCUUCCGCUGCCAAGUUUGUAACCAUAGCGUCCAGGUUGACAUCGAUCGUGGCAGGAUCGCAGAGCCUGCUGAAUGUCCCCGCCCGAUUUGCAAAGCCAAAAACUCGAUGCAACUUAUUCAUAACCGGUGUGCAUUUGCCGAUAAGCAGGUGAUCAAACUACAGGAAACUCCCGACAGCAUUCCGGACGGACAAACGCCUCACUCCGUUUCCCUGUGUGUGUAUGAUGAGCUGGUGGAUGUCUGCAAAGCUGGUGACCGUGUUGAGGUCACUGGUAUCUUCCGAUGCAACCCUGUGCGCGUAAAUCCUCGCCAGCGGACGCAGAAGACCCUAUUCAAGACUUAUGUAGACGUCUUGCACGUCCAGAAGAUCGAUCGCAAGAAGUUGGGUAUUGAUGCGUCGACUGUCGAACAGGAGCUUUCGGAGCAGGCUGCUGGGGACUCCGAGCAGGUACGCAAGAUCACAGCCGAGGAAGAGGAGAAGAUUAAGCGGACCGCCACCCGGCCGGACAUCUACGAGCUGCUCUCUCGCUCACUGGCACCAAGUAUCUACGAGAUGGAUGAUGUCAAGAAAGGCAUCUUGCUGCAGAUGUUCGGCGGCACCAACAAGACUUUCGAAAAAGGAGGUAACCCACGUUACCGCGGUGACAUUAACGUCUUACUCUGCGGUGAUCCUUCCACAUCGAAAUCGCAGCUUCUCCGUUACGUUCACAAGAUUGCCCCUCGCGGUGUCUAUACUAGUGGCAAGGGUUCUUCGGCUGUCGGUCUUACAGCUUAUGUCACUCGUGAUCCCGAGACCCGCCAGAUGGUCCUUGAGUCCGGCGCUUUGGUUCUCUCUGACGGCGGUAUCUGCUGUAUCGAUGAGUUCGACAAGAUGAAUGAGUCCACGCGCUCAGUCCUGCACGAAGUCAUGGAGCAGCAGACCGUUUCGGUCGCUAAAGCUGGUAUCAUUACCACCCUCAAUGCUCGAACCAGUAUCUUGGCUUCGGCCAACCCUAUCGGCAGUCGCUACAACCCCAACCUGCCUGUUCCUCAAAACAUCGACUUGCCCCCCACUCUCCUUUCUCGAUUCGACCUGGUGUAUCUUGUUCUGGAUAGAACCGAUGAGCAGGAAGACCGUCGGCUGGCCAAGCACUUGGUGAAUAUGUACCUGGAAGAUAAGCCUGAGAACGCAAGCACUGAAGAGAUUCUGCCGAUCGAAUUCCUCACGGCCUAUAUCACCUAUGCCAAGACUCGGGUGCACCCUGUGCUCACUCCCGCUGCGGGCAAAGCGCUCUCCGACGCCUAUGUUAACAUGCGCAAGUUGGGAGACGACAUCCGGUCGGCGGACCGCCGUAUCACGGCUACCACCCGUCAACUGGAAUCGAUGAUCCGUCUUUCCGAGGCUCAUGCGCGGAUGCGCCUCUCCACGGAGGUCACGGCGGACGACGUGGAUGAAGCCGUGCGCUUGAUCCGCUCCGCCAUCAAGCAAGCCGCGACGGACGCCCGCACUGGUCUCAUUGACAUGGGUCUGCUGACCGAAGGUACCAGCGCUAGUGAGAGGCGCAACCGAGAGGCAAUCAAGCGUGGCGUGCUUGCGGUUGUGGAUGAGUUGGCGGGUCCCACCGGCGGUGCCAACUGGACCAACGUCUUCCGUGUCCUGAAUGAUCAAAGCAGCGCUGCCGUUGAUAACGCUCAGUUCAACGAUGCUGUUCGUGCAUUGGAGACAGAAGGCAUGGUCAAUGUCUUGGGCGAAGGUCCCCGACGCACUAUCCGGCGCGCCGCCGGAGCUCUGCCCUGAGCUUGAAGCAGGGCGACUAGUUGAUGAGAAACAUGAUGCAACGGACUAGAUAGCUUUUUGGACAGAUGCGUCCUGUCUCGGUUACUUGCUAUUGGGGGAUGGCGUUUAUGAUAUACCGAACAUGUGUACUUAACCUUGGGUUCCGGAUACUCCGUAGUCAAACAUACAAAAAUCUAAUAUCUC